GUCGUGGACCAAGGAUUGAACAGCACUUUAGUAAACAAAAACUGGUUUGUUUACAUGAUAUUGAGUAAAAAUGUUGAGGAAUUUAAAUAAAAUAAUUAAAGCACAGCAUUUAACAGCUAUUUCAAGAUGUUACAAUACAAAGGCUGAACAGAGCACAGAAUAUACUCAUUUUGGUUACGAGACAGUGGAAACAGACAAGAAAACAGGAAAAGUGCAUAAAGUAUUUGAGGAUGUAGCUGCAAAGUAUGACAUUAUGAAUGAUGCCAUGUCACUAGGUAUUCAUCGAGUAUGGAAGGACAUUUUCGUAAAUAAUAUGUAUCCAACAUUAGGAACUAAACUGCUGGAUGUUGCUGGAGGAACUGGUGACAUUGCAUUCAGGUACAUUAAUUACAUCAACAAGCUCGCGAAAUUGAAUCCAGAAGCACCAAAAAAGAGUGCUGUUACAAUAUUGGAUAUUAAUCAACACAUGCUUGAUGUUGGAAUUAGCAGAGCUGAGAAGCUUAACUAUAAAACAAAUGAUAUCAUGGAUGUAAAUUGGGUCUGUGGAAAUGCCGAAGAACUUCCAAUUGAGGAUAAUCAGUUUACGGUCUAUACAAUAGCUUUUGGAAUAAGAAAUGUUACACACAUUGAUAAGGCAUUAAAGGAAGCAUAUAGAGUAUUAAAACCCGGUGGAAGAUUUAUGUGCUUAGAGUUCAGUCAUAUUGAAAGCAGUCAGUUACUUCAAUGGAUCUACGACCAGUAUUCAUUUCAAGUGAUUCCUCCAAUGGGUCAAGUCUUGGCUGCAAAUUGGGAUGCAUAUCAGUACUUAGUUGAGAGUAUUAGGAAAUUCCCGAAACAACCUGAUUUUAAAAGAAUGAUUGAAGAUGCUGGAUUUAAAUGUGUCACUUAUGAAAACCUCACCUUCGAAGUAAAUGAUUCGUCGACUAAGCUUCAAAAUCAUCUGAAACUGCUGAAGAAUGAAUACUCAAAGCUUCAGAAAUCGCAUACGGACUUGCAGAAAAAGUUUAAUGAAUUAGAGGCAACAAAUGGAACAUCUGGAAAUGAUAGUUCCUUCAAUUCUAGACUUGUCGUUAUCGUUGCAUCACUUUAUGGACGUAAAACAUACUCAGAUCUGAGUAUUAAACUCAAAGAUAAGACAGUUCCAGCACAUAAAUUCGUAUUAAAUGCUCGAUCAGAAGAGUGGCGUGAAGAAGUUUUAGCGAAUGUCACGGAACUAGAUUGGUCAUUUUUAGAUAGUAGUGCUGCCGAUGCUCUUUUGCGAUGGAUUUACACAGACAUUGUCGAUUUGAAUCAACAAGACUCAUUAUCUAUGAACUUGUUAAAAGCCGCACAUAAAUUUAAGCUAAAUGGACUAAUGGGUUUAUGUGAAAGAGCAUUAAUGGCAACAGCCAACGUUCGUUCAUGUGUAUCAUUUUAUUGUGUCGCUGAAGAAGUUGGUGCAUCAAAUUUAAUUGAAUAUUGUUCAUCACUCAUCUCAAUUCAUUGGGAUGAACUGCUUGCGAAAGAUUUCGAGAACAUGUCAGAGACAUUGCUGUAUAAAAUGUUGAAAUCCAAAACGAAAUUCCCACUACAUUCAGCGAUUCGACUAAAGCGUGAAGAUGUCGUGUUUUUGUGCUUAGUGGAUAAUGAAGGAACGGAUAUCGUUAACAGCUUAUCGCCGCAAGGUGUUCUGCCACUUCAAUUAGCAUUGAUCGAGCAAAAUGUAGGAAUAGCGAAUACAUUAAUCAACGGAAAUGCCAACAUUAAUGCUACUAAUGCUGAGGGAUCUACACUUUUAAUUGAUGCUGUUAAAAGAAGUGAUGGAUUUUCUGCAAAGUUCCUUUUGGAACAAAAUUGUGAUGUCAAUUUAACGACGAAAGAUACUGGCGAUAUGGCUUUACACAUAAUUUGUACGUACUCAAAAGACACAGCAUCAAAUUUGACAUACAAGGAGAUGCUUGAUAUUGGAAAGAGCAUUUUAAAUAGAAAGGAUCUUGAAGUUAACAAGCAGAAUGUGCGAGGAUAUUCGCCAUUACAUUUAGCAAUCAUUUCCGGACAUCUCGAUAUGAUUGAUGAAUUAAUGAAGAAUGAAGGAAUUGACCUUAAUUUGUUAACAAAUGAUGGCAAGUGUGCCUUACUUCUUGCACUUUUAUCUCAUCAGUUUACUGACUUUACUGUUGCAAAGCGUCUUAUUGACAAUGGUGCACAGACAAAUAAUAUCGACGAAAAUGGGGACAAUAUUUUACAGUUUUUGAUAAAAGCUGGCAAGGGAGAUGUUGCCGUUUUCAUAUGCGAAUAUGUUGAUUUGAAUUAUAAGAACUACGAUAAUUUAUCAGCAUUGCAUUUAGCUGCUAAAUUAGAUUUAGUUAAUGUCGUCAAGAAACUCCUUUCGUGCGGUGCUUCACCAAAUUUACAAACAGGAAUUGAGGAAAUGAAGACAUCUCUUCAUUAUGCCAUCGAAUCUAAUAACAUGGAUAUCGUUCAAGCCUUUGUUGACUUUAAACCUAAUGACCAUGCUGAAAAGCCUGAUUUUAAUAUUCGAUGUUUUAAUGGAGACACACCUUUGAGUCUAGCAUUAAGCUUGAAACAUAACGACUUGGUUCCCGUUCUCAUUAAAGGUGGAAGUGACGUAAAUGCGAGAAACGGAGAAUUAACACUUUUGCAUCAAGCCAUCCUUAAAGAAUCAGCUGAGACAGCAAUAUUCCUGCUGGAACAAGGAGCUGAUUUCAAUGCGUUAACAGGGGAACAAGAAUGUCCACUGGAAUUAGCAAUUCACUGUAGAUUAGAGUCAGUAGUCGAGGCAUUGUGUGCAAAAGGAGUUGCAUUAUCGUCACCAAAUAUUUUAUGGUCAGCACUGGAGACAGAGCAAGAGAAUAUUGCAAGUAUUUUAGUUAAACAUGGAAUUGACACAGAUUGUUGGGCAAUUGGAAAUGAUGGAAUGCUUCAAACACUUUUACAUCGUGCAAUAGAUGAACAGAAUGAAUAUGCUGCAAUAUUUUUGAUAAGAAGCGGAUGUGAUUUAGAUUCGUCGCGUCAACCACCCAAUAGUGACGUAUCACCGACAACAAAAGAAUCUCCUUUACACAUGUGCUGUAUACAUGGCUUAUCAAAAGUCGUUCAGACAUUAAUCGAACAUGGUGCAAAUAUAAAUUCAAUAACUCAUGAAAAUAAGACCCCAUUACAUUUAGCCAUAGAGAAUCAGCACGAACAAAUUAUUACGAUACUUUUAAGACAUCCAAAUAUCGAUAUGAAGAUCAGAGAUAAGCUUGGAAAUACACCGUUCGCAACGGCAUUAACAGUUAGGAAUCAUAAAGCAGCAGAAAAAAUUCUCGAUCGUAUGCCUACUGCUGCAGAGCAAACUGAUUCUAGAGGACGUAAUUUCCUUCAUUUAGCCAUUAUGAGAGAAGAUUUAGAGUCUGUGCUGUUUUUAUUGUCUAUUCAAGUUGAUGUAAAUAGUCGUGUCCAUGAUGUCAAUCAAAUAACGCCUUUAAUGUUAGCUUCUCAGUCUGAGAAUGAGAUGCUUAUUAGGAAUUUAAUAUUAGCUGGAGCUCGCCUUAAUGAUAAGGAUUCGACACAAAAAACAGCGCUUCACAUUGCUGCCGAACGUGGAAAAUUAUGUGCAGUACAAGCUUUAAUUCAAAAUGGAUGCGAUUAUGAUGUCGUUGAUGUUGAAGGAAAUAAUGCCUUGCACAUUUCAAUGCGCGAAUGCAUGUUGCCAAUUGUUCGUGAGCUUUUAACAGAAUCGAGGAUUAAUGCUGAAGUUUUAAACAUGAAAGGACGAAAUCCUUUACAUGAACUUUGUCGUUGUGGACGUGAGGCUGUUGCAGCUUCAAUUUGUGAGCUAUUUGUUGAAUGUAUGCCAAAUUAUCCAAUUAAUCAGCCUGAUAUUCUUGGAAAUACACCAUUAUUGUUGGCUUAUAUGAGAGGCGAGACACAGUUAUGUCGAGUAUUAGUAAAAAGUGGCGCAUGCUUAGGUGCUGAAAAUAAGGAUGGUGUAUCAAUCUUUAAUUAUAAAUUGGCAACAAAUCAGCUUUUGUAUCGUCUGCUUGAUGAGCUUUCUGUUGAGUCGCCUUGGGCCUCGUCUGAUUUUUGUCAAGAAUGCGCAACUAAGUUCUCAUUGACCAUGAGGAAGCACCAUUGUCGCCACUGUGGACGACAGAUUUGCUCACAAUGUAGUAACAAUGAUGUUCCGAUAAUUAAAUUCGGAAUUAAUAAGCCUGUUCGUGUUUGCCGUAUUUGUUUCGAUGUCCUGCAAGUUGGAAGUAAUUGAUCAUUCAUGGAUUAAACACAAUUCCUUCAUUAUUAAUUAUAUUAUCUAAGCUAUUAGAUGUGCUAUUUUCUACAUACAUACAUACUUGUAAUGACUUUAAGAAUUUAUUUUAUUCAAUCAUUUACUAUGUGAUUUAAUUACAAUAUAUUUUAUUGCAUUACACCAACAAACUGGAUAUAUAUUGUUUUUUUUUGUUAUGUAGACGAGAGAAAUAAAACAUUAAUUAACUUUCGUUUUUAACACUAAACUGUUUUUAUUUAACCAAUUGAUUUUCAAGCUUCAUAAUUCCCAAUUAAUGAAUCGGAUCUUCUUUAAUUUAAAGGAAUUUACUUUAAGUGAGACAAAAGAGUCUUGGAGACGCAAUGAUCAAGAUGAUGCAAGUAGUCGAAUAAUUCUUCAGUGCAUGUUUCUGCUGUCUUGCUUCUAGAAUUGACACGAUCAUUGCAAUCUUGGUAUCUCUUGAACAGGUGAGCAGUAUGAUGUUCUUGCUGGCAUUUUUCCUACAAUUAAUUUGUGGAUCAACCAAGUCCUCCUCUUGGGCGUUGACUUUAGGAAGUAAAGACUUGAAGAAUUUUAAUGCCAUUGCGUCUAAAUAGCUGAUUUAAUUAGAAUUUUCCGAUAAAUAAAUUGUGUAACAAUCCAAAAAAGUCAGUUCAGUAAUCUCGACUUCAUUUCAGUUCAGUAGUCUCGACUUCAUUUCCAGUCAGUUCAAUUUGAAUUAAAAUGAAACCGUUAAAAUUAAGGUUUGUUAAUAAUUUUAUU